UCCUGCCCCUUCACAAUCUCAUUGGAUUCUGGCUUGCGACAUGCGUCUUUGUGCUUUGUUAUGGGCAAUCACCCUGGCGGUUGCUGAGGCUGAAACUUGGUCUAGGUUUGGCAAAAGAUAUGAUGACACCGUUCCAGAGACCGGAACGUUUGUUGUAGAAGUUGAGCCAGGCGUCGCACUGGAUACUUUGUCACGAAAAAUAGAGGCCACAGGCUGCAAGAUUCUCAAGUCAUUCAACAGCGACAUUUUCCAAGGUUUUAGCGUUAAAUCUGGCCAUGGUAACAUUGAUACUCUGAAAAGUGUUGUUGAAGUUGCUCAAGCUUGGCCUGCAAAGACUUACAGACUUGCGCCUGUGAUACCCCACGCUUCAUUUAGCGACGAUGCUACGGCUAAAAAUUGGUCUAUUCAUUUUUCGACAGGAGUUGAUCAACUCCACGAAGCCGGCAUUUUGGGAAAAGGCGUCAAGGUUGCUGUCAUUGACUCGGGAGUGGACUAUCGACAUCCCGCAUUCGGUGGUGGAUUUGGGCCCGGGUUCAAAGUCUCUGGAGGAUAUGACCUGGUAGGCGAAGGUAGUCGGAAACCCAUUCAUAUUAGCAGGGUCAAAAUGUCAAUGAGAGCUGAUGUCUAUUCCAGAGUAUGAUGGGUCUAAUGAUAAGAUUCCCGACGGAGACCCUCUGGAUUUUCUUGGGCAUGGAAGUCAUGUGGCCGGUAUUAUUGCCGGCAAAAGUGAAUUGUAAGCAGCCUUAGCCCCCAUGAAGUCAAAAUGCUAGAUUGUGGGCUGAUAUUCCC